UUUAAGAGGUCGCGGGUUCAGUGCCGGGGGAUUUUUCCUUUUCUCCGCGGCAACGCAGCGCGAUGAGGAGCAGCGCCGAGGCGAAGCCAUGCGCGCCGGGACCGCCUGCCUGCUGCGACUCUCCGCGCUCUGCAUCAUCCUGCACUCCCACGCAGCAGCAGCUUACUUUGGGCUCACGGGCCAGGAGCCCUUGGCUUUUUUGUCGAGCCCAUACAGCGACGAGUCCGCAGGUGGAAAAGCGCACAUGAAGCAGUGCGAGCAAAUGACGCUGACGCGCCGCCAGAAGCGCGCAUGCCGCCGAGAACCGGGGAUGGCGGAGACGCUGCGCGAGUCAGUGCGCCUCAGCCAGAUGGAGUGCCGCUACCAGUUUCGCAAUGAGCGCUGGAACUGCAGCAUGGAUGGCAGGGGAAGCCUCCUGAAGCGAGCUUUUAAGGAGACGGCCUUCCUCCUGGCGGUGUCCUCAGCAGCUCUGUCACACACUCUGGCCAAAGCGUGCAGUUCAGGCCGUAUGGAGCGCUGCACAUGUGAUGAUACUCCGGGUCUGCAACAGCGUGAAGCCUGGCAGUGGGGAGUGUGUGGAGACAACCUGAAGUACAGCACCAGGUUCCUCAAGAAGUUCCUGGGCCAGAAACGGGUUAGCAAGGACCUGCGGGCUCAGGUUGACGCACAUAACAUAAACGCUGGCAUCCGGGCUGUAAAAAAUGGGCUGGUAACGACCUGCAAGUGUCACGGCGUCUCCGGCUCGUGUGCAGUGCGGACAUGCUGGAAGCAGCUCUCACCGUUUUACGUGACUGGCCAGCUGCUGAAGUAUCGAUAUGACACGGCCGUGCGUGUCCUCAGUGUCACCAAUGCGGCUACCGGCGACACCGAGCUGGCCGGGCCGGCACGACGGGGUGAUACGACUCCCCGGCCUCACCCCUCUGAGCUGGUGUUCCUAGAAGACUCGCCUAGCUUCUGCCGCCCGUCUCGGUACUCGCCCGGAACGGCUGGCCGCUCGUGCGCCAAGGACACGAGCUGCAGCAGCCUUUGCUGUGGACGUGGCUAUAACACAGCGCUGCGUCUCGUCACACUGUCCUGCAACUGCCAGGUACGGUGGUGCUGCCACGUCGAGUGCCAGACCUGUGUCCGCGAAGAGGAGGUCUACACAUGCAAGAAGCAUUAAGAUAAACAGAAAGAGAGGGAAGAGAAAAUGUGCUCCAAAUGGCUCCAGAGGCUCAAUAUUCCUCUCAGACAUGUGAGGGCAAAGAUGGACAAGACCCCCUGAGGCAUAGCUGUCCGAAAUAGGAGUUGUGCUCCUGCUGUCAUGGAAGAGAAAGGAACAUUGUGGAAAUUCCACCACUUUAACCCCCUAAGGUUGCUCCAAGCAAGAAAAGAGUCACUGAUUGAAAUCUUAACAUGACUGAUUCUUUUUAUACGCACUGAAUUCCAAAUUUACAUUUCUGAGAACUCCAUCAAUUUGUAUGACUCAGCUGGAGCAGAACUGGAAGAUAUGUCAAACUUUAUGAGAAGAACGAUCCAUACAGUCAUUUACCUGUCUAUCUGUACGUUAGUCUGUCUGCCUGUCUGUCUUCCUGCCUGCGUAAAAAAAAAAAAAAAAAAAAAAAACAAAGGCUGAAAUAUUAUGCUGAUUUUAUGAAGCACUUAAAUUUGUCAUGUGAUUAUCGCAUUGUGUUUGGUAAACAGAAAAUAUAUCUAAAUGUUAAUUCAAAUGCAUUUCGAUCUAGCACAACACGAGUGCAAAGCAAAGUCACCAGAAACACCGGAAGCUAGAAAGCUGACAGAAUUAUGCAACAUAUUAUAUUAGACUGUCAUUAUAAUCGUCAUCAUUUGGCAAAACCAUUAUUUUUGUUUUUAAGUGUUAAGAAAUCUUAUAAUAAGAACCCCUAAAAGCUCCAGUAUGUUAACAGUGUGUGGUCAAGAUUUCCAACAGCUGUGUAAGAUUUGUGAAACAUCUGCUCUCUUAUUGUAGUGUCUUUAGACUGCACUUUGCCAUCAAGGACAAAUCAGGACCGCAUUCCCAGAACAAAGAUCACCCCCAUCAUGUUCCCUUCAUAAAGCCUACUUCUGCGUCCUCUGAGGCUCUUUCAUGUCUGCGAAGUCUUUGAAAAGGCUCAUUUCACCCCCCCUCCCACCCUUAUUAUUUU